AUGAAGGCCAUCAUCCAGCGUGUGCUCUCAGCCUCGGUGACAGUUGACCAGGAGGUCGUCUCGUCGAUUGGCAAAGGCGUCCUGGUCUUUGCCGCCGUGGCGCCAGGUGACACGGACAAGGAGAUCACCACCAUCGCCAAUAAAGUCUUGAAAAUGAAACUGUGGGAUGACGAGGCUGGCGGCAAGUGGAAAAAGAAUGUAAUGGACAUCGAGGGCGAGGUUCUCUGCGUUUCACAAUUCACUCUCUUGGCCAAAACCAAGAAGGGCACCAAGCCCGACUUCCACGGCGCAAUGGGCCCGGACGAAGCCAUCCCGCUGUACCACUCUCUGGUUCAGAAGAUAGGGGCCGGGUACAACCCCGAGCGAGUCAAAGACGGCAAGUUCCAAGCUAUGAUGCAGGUGGCAUUAGUCAACGAUGGUCCGGUUACGCUCGAGCUCCAAGCUGGGGGGAAAGCCCCGGAGGAGUGA